AUGACUCGACGAGUCGUUCAUUCAUUGCUAUGUUUAUUUCUCUUUUUGUUAGUUUCCGCUCAUGCCAUCGACAAUGUGGUAUCUGAGGCCCUUUCUGGUCUUGAUGGACUAGUUACCGGGGAUACGUAUAGCUGCAACAAGACAAACCCCUGCUCUAAUGGUGCAUGUUGCGCCAAAUCCGGAUAUUGUGGAUUUGGCGACAAGUACUGCGGAACUACUGACGAGUCUCCUAACGAUGCCUGUUGGAGUAACUGCGAUGCUCAUGCCGAGUGUGGCAAAGAUGCUGUGCCUGCCCACAAGGGCUGCCCACUGAAUGUCUGCUGCAGUCCAUAUGGCUUUUGUGGUACCACCUCCGAGUUCUGCGACAAAGGCAAAGGCUGCCAGAGCGGUUGCGACCAACCAUCCUCCAAUGCUACCGGAAGUAAUGUUCAGCAACGUAUCAUCGGAUACUAUGAGGCCUGGCAAUCCCAGAAAUCGUGUAUUGGCAUGAACGUGGACCAGGUUCCUGUAGAGGACUUGACCCAUAUUAAUUAUGCCUUUGCUGUCAUCGAGCCGGACACCUACAAGGUUGGACCGAUGCCUAAGGCUGAUGAAUCAACCCUCAGCGACUUUACUGCACUUAAGGAGAGAAACCCUAAUGUGGUUGUUGGGGUUUCUAUCGGAGGAUGGGAUUUUAAUAACAACCACACAGACACCCAAGGAGUCUUUGCGGACAUUGUAUCCUCCUCGGAUAAGAGACAGAAAUUUGUCGAUGAGUUGAUGAAGUUCAUGAAACACUAUGCCUUUGACGCUGUUGACCUUGACUGGGAGUACCCUGGUGCUCCUGAUCGUCAGCCUCCCAAAACCAACACAACUGGCAACACCGAAGGCUAUGUCAAACUGGUGCAGGAUAUCCGCAAGGCAUUUGAUGCCGAAGAUAAGAAAUAUGAACUUUCCUUCACAACCCCCACUUCCUACUGGUAUCUUCGCUGGUUUGACAUUAAAGAGAUGUCUAAGGCCGCGGAUUACGUGAACGUCAUGUCUUAUGAUCUUCACGGAGUUUGGGACGCCGAUGACCCUAUCGGCAGUCAUGUUUUGGCGCACACCAACCUGACAGAGAUCAAACAAGCCAUGGACUUGCUUUGGCGAAAUGAGGUCCCUGCUCAAAAGGUUAAUUUUGGUCUGGCAUUCUACUCUCGUACCUUCCAACUCGAAGACAAGGACUGCUGGCACCCUGGCUGUGACUUCAAAGGUGGUGGCAUGGAGGGGCCCUGUACCAAGAAUUCCGGCACGCUCUCAUAUCGUGAAUUAACUGACAUCAUGGUCUCGAAAGACGUCAACGCGACUUAUGAUGAGGAGGCCGCCGUCAAGUACUUCAAGUGGAACGAGGACCAAUGGGCCUCCUACGAUGACCAACAAACGUUCCAACAGAAGAUCGAAUAUGCCAACGAUCAAGGACUGGGUGGACUUCUCAUCUGGUCUCUUGACCAAGAUACCAGCAAUCUCGAUGAUCUCAGGGGUGUUAUCUAUCCCGCCGACCUUAGGAUGAGCGACCACUCCGCAAACGACGUCAGCUACUGGGAGAGCAAAACAGUUGGCGACUGCCAGACUAGUCCGUGUGGAGGCUCAUGCAGCGCCGGUCUUAUCGAAAUUGAAACGAUUGAGUGCGGCCUCGGCGACCUUCCCCAAAAGAUUUGCUGUCCCAUUGCAUCAGCCCCGGAUCCAAGCACCUGCCAUUGGCGCGGAGGUGAAACUGGACAAUUCUGCAAUGGUCAGUGCCACGGUGGUGAGGUCGCCAUUUCCUCCAGUGUCAAUGGAGGCAACGGAUACUGUGUCGAUGGUCGUCAGUUCUAUUGUUGCCCGAUUCCCGAGGUCGCCGAUGGCGGUGGUAUCAACUGUGGCUGGCAAGAUAGCUGCCGGUCUGACCAAGAGCCGCUCACUUUCCAUGGAACCGUUGCAUCAGAUUUCGUCGAUAUUGCAAAAUUCGGCGGGCUUAUUGGGGAGGCGCUCUCUGACGCCCUCCAAGAUAUUGACGUUGCAAACCGACAGCUGUAUUGCUGUGGCAAAGAAGAGAUUAAGAACUGGAAAGAUUGUUACUGGGCGGGUACGACUGGUAAGGGUCCUUACUCUUGCGAUGAUGGUCACUGCGCCACUGGACAUGAGGUCGAACUCACUGAUAGCCCUUACGGUGGCGGAAAAACAUGCUCGCCCAUGGACACAUCUCGAUCUCGUGCCUUCUGCUGCACCCCUGCUAGUGGAGAGAGUCUCUUUAUGCCAGUCCCCCUUGAUUAUCUGUUUCCUGAUCCUCCUCCUGAUGAUGGAAACCCCAAAUUCAACCUCAAAGUGGAUGACACCUGGGGAACUGGCAAGUCUAAAUCCAAAGAGGACCCCAACGCUGCUUCCUUUGGCUUUGUCGUAAUUACCGCACCGGAUGAAGUAUCAGUCAGCUUGGACAAGCGUGACGGCUCUCCUUGGGAAGUCAUGGAUUGCGUCAAUACCGACAGCGAAGAGGAACAAACUGUGCGACUUAUCUGUACAGAUGACUCUGAGACCAGCUUGUGCCAUAAGAUUCAUCUCGGACACGGGGUUCCAGGCACCAUUCUCCAAAUGCCCGACUCCUGCGGACCCGGCAGGUACGCCGUCGCCAAGAGCUUCAGUGUCUCUGACAACCAAGAACUUCCUGAGAAUUUAGCCAAGCGGGAUCUGGGCUCAUCCCAGGUAUAUGAUUUGACAUAUGACUAUAAUUUCCGCCGCGUUCCCCGAUCCUACGGUGACAGCAAGAUGCGUCUGGAUUUCAGUAAUGAAAAGGGUUACUGGGAUUCAGUUGUUGACCGUCCCGGCGACACCAAGCGCAAGCGUGACCACACCUAUCAUGAGAACCCCAAGCGCUGGAUGGAAGAAGAAUGGCGUGAGGCAUAUCACUUUGGGGGGCUGGAUCGCGAUGAGCUUCACAAGCGGUGGUUCGGUGAGGGUGCCAUUGCCUGGCUGGCCAACCUUAUCGGUGUAUCAGAAGCGGAACACACCGAAGAGUUCACCCACAGCGUCAAAGAGAAACUCGAGGUGAUCUUGAUUGAUCAGCAAUUUGGACCAUGUCCCGUUGGCCCAGCUCAGGCACAAGCCAACCUUCGCGCCACCGUGGAUGCCAACCUUCAGGUUGACACGUCGUUUGGAGUGACUAUCAUUGCAACAUUUGGUGACGGUGAAAUUGACCUGAGCGAUUCUUACCUGUUCUUCAAGAACAAGGGUGAGGUGACUGCCAAGUUCCAGCUUGAUGCCGUCGCAUCUCUCACCUAUAAUUCGGGAGAUGUCAAGUUAUUUGGUCUCGAUGACUUCCCAGGUGCUACUUUCCGUGUUCCAGGCGUUGUGACUAUUGGUCCCAACCUCGCUGUCUAUGCUGCCGCCGAUGCUCAAUUCACUGUUGCAGGUCACGUCGAGGCCGAGGUUACCGUUGCCAAAUGGGAUAUCAGACAAACAUACCCAGAAACUGACAAAUACGAGCCGGAUGCAAUUGAUGAACCUGACUAUGAUGGCACGCAGACUCUCGGCGACCCCAAGUUUGAAGCGAGUAUAACAGCUCGCGGAGAGAUUGUGCUCCAUCUCAAGCCGACGGUCCAGUUUGGUAUUGACUUUGACAAGCGCUGGGGCGUGGAUAAAGCAACCGUGGACCUUGUUCUCGACGCAUACACUAUUGCGCACGCCCAGGCUUCUGCCUCAACCAACUCUGAUGACUCUUGUCCAUUCUCUUAUGGUAUUGAUGCUGGAUCGGACAUCUAUUGCCAGCUCAACGCACCUGAUCUAUUUGGAUGGGGUGGACAGUCCAGAUACCCUAUUGCCUCUGUUCCUCGAAAGGCAAUCACACCCGAAAGCUGUGCCGGAAGUGGUAACAAGCGUCGCUCUCUAGAUGAAAUCGAUCCCCGUUCUGGUGAUUAUGUCUCUCCUUUCGGCUCCGUUAGCGCGGGUGGCAACGGGUUGAACAAGCGCGACGCUUUCAGCCUGGGACCUCUUAUUACUGUUCCUGACACCUUCCUCAAGUGUCCCAGUAAUAAUUCGAACACUAAUGGAAUCGACUGUCCCGUCUGCAGCUUCAAAGACAAUGACGAUGACACUAUCAGCAAGCGUGACGGAGAUGUCUGUUUCUACCCCGGACCAUCGAAUGGUGGAAGGUGUACUGAUUCCUCUCUCGCCAAACGCGCGAAUGGAGACAAGUAUAUCUCACUAUCUUGGAUGAACGAUGACAUUAAGUUCUCUAGAUACCCACAAUGUUCAGCAGGUAACCUCAAGUCCCUCAAUGGCAUUGCACAGUGGUACAUGCCUAAGGGCGCCGGAAAUACCCCCGGCCAAUGUGGCCCGGAGGUCGCUCAGUUCCCUAUCGACAACACUGGCAACAGUGUUAAUGGGGUUCCUAUUGGCGGCAAGUUUGAGAACGAUCAUGUGUUUGAAGCCCAACUUGUGUCUAAGUUCCUGGAGUGGCUGUGCAAUGGAAAACCCCUUAUAUAUGUCGGAGGACCAAUCCCGUUCCCUAAAGGAUUUAGUCAACCCAACACCGAGUGGUGUUCCGACGUCUUUGGGGAGCCAGAUUCCCAUGAAAGUAUCGAUUUGGCGGGCUGGAAGUUCCCUUCGUCUGCAACGGACAAUAGCCCUAAUAAUUGGAUUAUGAAUGCAGCCGCUGAACUGGGGGGCACUGACAGGAGGGACCUCAUGGCAUUGUUCUAUGCCGGUGCAAACAAUGCCAAAGGCUCGAUUGUGCAAGGUGCAAACGUCGCGACUGGUGACAGGCACUCAGCUCAAUUAAGAAUGCAAGGUGUAGUGAAUGGAUUCGCUGCCUUCUCCUAUCUCAAGGACCCCACUAUCAAGCCCAAGUGGACCGCACCCUCACAGGGCAUUGAGAGGGUGUGCAAGUUCUUCGAUGACAACUACUGGGGCAAAGCUCCAGAACGGACUUACGGGUCUACGCGCACUCGGAAGGCCUUGGGGCGUCCACAAAAAGUAAAUGGUGUCACAAAUUGGGGCAUGCGAACGUUGUGGUGCUACUGGAUUGACACACACCUGGCGCGUGUUGAGCAACAGUAUAGCAAUUGGGCCAUAACUGCGAAGACAAAUCUCCAGAACGUGAACCAAAUCCCCCAGGUUCAACAGACGGAAAUCACGGCAGCCAACAAUUUCAUCACUCAAUUCAUGAAUAAUGGAGGUGGCGCCAGUCCUAGCGAUGCGACGUUCCCAAAGAACCUGGCUGCCGUCCAGGGCCAGGCCAGCGUGUAUGAAAUGUGGGGAGGUAACGGCUAUGGUGCCCUCGGUCUCUGA